AUGGCAAAAAGACCAGAUCCCAACGAAAUAAAAUAUGUUUUCAUCAGGCAAGUAGGAGGUGAGGUAGGGGCUUCGUCUGUUUUAUCCCCCAAAUUAGGUCCACUCGGUUUAUCCCCCAAAAAAGUUGGAGAUGAUAUAGCAAAAGAAACACAAUCAUGGAAAGGGUUAAAGAUAUGCGUAAAAUUAACUAUUCAAAACAGACAAGCUAAAAUAGAAGUAGUACCAACGUCAGCAUCUUUAAUCUUAAAAGAAUUAAAUGAAGCACCUAGGGAUAGAAAGAAAGUGAAAAACAUUAAACAUAAUGGAAACUUAAAAUUAGAACAAGUUUAUUCUAUUGCUAGAUUGAUGAAAGAGAAAUCUAGGGCAAAAGAAUUUAAAGGAACAGUUAAAGAAAUGCUAGGGACCUGUAACUCAAUUGGUUGUACUGUAGAUGGAAAAAAACCUACAACCAUUCAAGAGAUGAUAGACUCUGGUGAAAUUAAUGUACCAGAUAGCUAA